GAAAAGUCACGGAGAAGAGGAGGCGGGGUAGCCAGGUCCUGGCGACCCUUUUAAAGCGAUAGGACAGGGGAUGGACUGCGUUAAGGCGGAGCGACUCCUGCGGAGAGUAGAGGGGCCAGCUCAGUGGAUUGAAGGAGAAAGAGCAAGGAAACGAGCAAGACUCGUAGUCAGAACCCGUCCAGCUGUGGGCUCAGCCGCCGUGGCUCUGGCCAAAGAGGGCUAGCGCGAACCCCUCCUUUCUCCAGUCUGGGCCAGCCGCACGCUCCCUCUGCCCUGUCCUCCCUGGUCCCCACCAUGCGCACAGGCUAGCAUGUCCACUGUCAGUUAAACCUGCGCCUGAGGAAAGGGGCAAGCGGAGAGCGGGAGUUGGGGAAACUUUGGGAAGCAGGGAGCGCGUGGUGUAGGCGCUCCCACCACCACGAUGCUGCCCACCCUGCUCCUCGCCUUGGUCUGCCUGGGCGACCAGCUCAGCCCGAGCCUGGGCUGCCAGCUGCCGUCCGACUGGAGACCCCUGAGCGAGAGCUGCCGGGCGGAGCUGGCCGAAAUCAUCGUGUACGCCAAGGUGCUGGCGCUGCACCAGGAGAUGUACAGCCUGUACAACUACCUGCCGUGGCAGUACGAAGCCGCGUCCGAGGGAGGGCUCUUCUAUUCCGCCGAGAUCGAGAUGCUGUGCGACCAGGCGUGGGGAAGCAUGCUGGAGGUGCCCGCAGGCUCCAGGCUCAACCUCACUGGCCUGGGCUAUUUCUCCUGCCACUCCCAUACCGUGGUGCAAGAUUACUCCUACUUCUUCUUCCUCAGGAUGGAUGACAAUUAUAAUCUCUUGCCUCAUGGAGUCAAUUUCCAGGAUGCCAUCUUUCCAGACACUCAAGAGAACAGAAGAAUGUUUUCCAGUCUCUUCCAGUUUUCCAACUGUACUCAUGGACAGCAGCCUGCAACUUUCUCCAGUGACUGGGAGAUUCAGGAGGACAACAGGCUCAUGUGCUCAUCGGUGCAGAAGGCCCUCUUUGAGGAAGAAGACCACGUGAAGAAGCUGCAGCAGAAGGUGGCCACUCUGGAGAAACGGAACAAGCAGCUUCGAGACAGGGUGAAGAAGGUCAAGAGAUCCUUGCGCCAGGCAAAGAAGAACGGCCGUCGCAUGGAGCUAAUGAACCGCAAACUUAGUGAGAAGCUGUCCUCCCCAGUGGGUCAGAUUCCUCAUAUCAACUCCCUAACACAGGAGCACGCCCAUGCUAGCUACCUUAAAGUGUAACUCAAGAUGCUGCACCCCAAAGCCAGUCCUCUGAUGCUGUGGUCUUGGAAGUUGUCACCACUGGGAGCUAGAAUGGUUGCUGGGCAGCCUCAAGCUAGUGGAGCUUGGGUAUCAUACUUUUGUAUCAAAGGGGCAUUGAAAAUUAGGAUAGUUUAUAUAUGUAUAUAUUUUUAAAUAUCAUAGAAGAUAUUUUUUAUUGCACCUUUGGUAUAGCCUAAUUUUCCUCAGAACACAGAAUCAGCCCUACUUGUGGGUUGCUGGCCUUCCUCUCCUCAAUUCAGUUCAAUUAAACAGACAUUUAUUAAGCAUCUGUCAUGUACAAGAUACAUAAGUGCCAGAAAUAUGGCAGUGAAGAAUGACAGUCUGUGCCCUUGAAAUUAACACACACACACACACAGCCAACUGUAGUACAAGUUAGAAUAUGAUUAAGUGUAUAGGAAAUGUCAAAGAGAAGCAUGAGAGAUUCAGAAAAGGACAGAUCACUUCUUACUGGGAGGAAUCAGGGAGAUUAUGGAAGAAGAAGCUCCUGAGUUUAGCCUUGAAGGAAAAGAAUUCUUUUUUCUGUUCUCUUUCUAUCUUUCUUUCUCUUUUCUUUCUAUUUCUCUCUUUC